AUGGCUGUAGACCGAGAAGACGACUGGACCGGCCUCGCCGAUGCAGCAGCUCGACGGAAAAGACAGAAUAGGCUUAACGUGCGGGCCUACCGGAAGCGAAAAGCAUUAGAGUCCAAGGCACAGUCUACGUCAUCCUCUGUUAGCCGUAAGAAAGGCAAGCCAGAAAUGUCCGAAGAGCAAAUACCGUGCUGGGUCGAGAAACAUCAAACAGUGGUUCUCAUUCCGGCAUCGGCCGUGGGCGAGUUUUACAAAUCUGGCAGCCCGUUGAUCCCUUUGGAGCAUAAUCAACAACAUGUAGGUUCGAAAAUAAAUAAUCUGGGAGAAGUUUUCUUCCCCAUAUCGCCAGACCAUACAAUCACUCUCCUCCAGUUCAACGUCAUACGUGGCCUCCUCACCAUCCGCCACCUUCUAUCUGCAAUCAUUCCACCAAGCUCCCAGGGAAAUGAAUGCUCAACAGCAGCAUAUCACGUACUCCCCGAUCUAUCAUCAUGUCCAACUUCUCUACCAGCAUCACUGCACCCGACUCAUCUCCAACAAACUGUGCCGCACGAAGAGUGGGUUGAGGGGAUAGUGCACCCAGUCAUGCGCGACAACAUUAUCCGAGCUAUCGGCACAUUCGACGAAGACCAGUUGUGGUCAGACACCAUUGGGGGCUUGUUUGAGGGAUUCCCAGAUUCAGAAGUUGAGCGGCGCGGUGUGAUUUGUUGGUCGACGCCGUGGCAUUUCAGUGGAUGGGAAAUGUCUGAGGGAUUUUUGAAGAGGUGGGGGUGGUCUAUAAAAGGGUGCGAGUCUGAUAUAUUAGGAGCUACGAAUAAAUGGAGGACAACGAGGGGGGAUGAUCCGCUUGUUAUAGAAAUUUAA